GAUACUGGUAUAUAAACCCUAUGCAGUGUCACUGAGCACACACAGACUGCAUCUUUGGACAUACCUGACAGUUUCUACUAAUCCCACAAUGAUCUCAUUUGUUUUCUUAUGUAUGAUCGUGUGCGCAUAUGGGGCGUCGGUACAAUCACCCAACGAACAAAUACCAAUUGUGCGCUUCGAAACGGAUGGACCGCAUGUUGAUGGUUCUUACAAAUGGCUAUACCAAACUGGCAAUGAAAUAAACGCAGAGGAAUCUGGAUAUGUUAAAAACUUCGGAAAAGGGGAGGGUGAGGAGGUUCAGGUGGCGGAGGGGAAAUUCAGCUACAAGGCGCUUGACGGUACUCCUAUUGCCUUGACUUAUAUUGCUGAUGAAAAUGGCUUCCAACCACAGGGAGACCAUCUGCCCACACCACCGCCGAUUCCAGCAGCAAUUCAAAGAGCACUCGAAUAUUUGAAGACCUUACCACCAACGCCAGCGGCCAGCAAUUUGCAACCACAGUACCAAUCCCCUGGCGCGAAAAAUAGAAGAUUUUAAACCCACUUGGACCAUUGACUGAAGAUUUUUCACAUUCAUUAUUGUAAAUAUCGCAAUCAUCAUUAUUAGAAUUACUUGAGUAACAUUUUUAAGAGUUAAUAACCUAUAUUGUAUAUGUAUAGAGAAAAGAAUAGCUUUUUUUCUGUUAAUGUGUAUAAAUAAAGCUACUUACUGUCUUCUAGUUGUAUGAACACGAUACCUUUUUUAUUCCGAUGAUUCUACUGUCCGUUAUUUGUAAAAGAUGUCAAAUUAAAAAAGCGGUGUAUUGUUAAUUUUUCCACUAGAUAUACUUUAAAAUAAUUAUCUAUAAAUUCAUUUUAUUAUUAUUAUUAAUAUUAUACGUCAGAUUUCAAUGCUACAAUCAUUGAAAAUUUAAAUCCUUCUUUAUGGUUGGAGUCAUUUCAUGAUAAUUAUUUUUAAUAUUAUUAAUUAUAAAUGUGCACCAUGGCAAGAUGUUACAACACUACACAUUUUCGUUAUUUUCGGUACAAAUUAACAAUUGUAAUUAUGAUUUUCGUGUUUCUUUUUUUAAGUAAAUGAAUAAUUCGAUUAUUUAUUCGAUUAGGGUUCUAUAAAAAUUAUUUUGCUCCAAGCACCGUAAAUUUCGAUAUUUGUAUUUAAUUAUAAUAAUUAAAGAAGAUAACCAAUAACUAAUAUACAUAAGAGCACAUAUUAUUCUUCUUUAUUAAUUCUUCGAUGUUAAAUCUAUAAAAUCUAAAUUAAAGUUCUGAAAUAUA